AUGGCGGAGGAUGCCACAGUCAGGUUAAGGAAAAGGACUGCCGCCCAACCGCAAAACGGAGUGGCCCAGGGAUCCCUGCUCCCGGUUCUCCCUGCCAUCCACCUCCACCCUCACCCUUACUACCCCUCACCAGCUCAGCCGCGGGUCCUGGAGUCGGGCGCGCCCCCCCACCCCCCCGCCCCGCAUAUUAGUCCAAGCCAGGGUCAGGAGCCUGGUGGCGGCAAACAACACUGCAGAAAGAAAGCCAGGAGUCCAGUGAAGCUGGCUACAAAGAACACUGUCGUGUACAUGGCUCUAGCGUCCUCGCAGUCCCUCAAUGAGAUGGACCUGGGCGCGCAGCGGGAGCACUGGGAAACGUACAGGAAGCGGCGGGGCUUCAGCUGCGAAGGCACCGCCAAGUUCCUGCUGGACACCUUCGAGUACCCAGGCCUGGUGUAUCACACCGGAGGCUGCCACUGCGGCGCGGUCCGCUUCGCCGUCUGGGCCCCCGCAGAGCUGCGCGUGGUGGAUUGCAGCUGCAGGCUGUGCAGGAAGAAGCAGCACCGACACUUCCUCGUCCUGGCCUCGCGCUUCACUCUCCUGCUGGGCGCCGAGAGCAUCGUCACCUAUCGAUCCCACGCGCACCCGGCGCUGCACAGCUUCUGCGGCAGGUGCGGGGUGCAGAGUUUCCACGCCUCUGUCUCUGACCCCAGCGUGUAUGGCGUCACCCGGCGCUGCCUGGACAAGGGAACAUUUUCCUAG